CUCCUCCUCCUGCCCUGCCCGUCUGAGCCGCGGCCGCUCGCUCCGCUGUAAAUGGUCUGUCGACAGCACCAGAGGGCGGAAUAAGGAGCUCUGGGUACGGAAGACUCACUCAGACGCCAAAACAGGAAAUUAGAGCGGAGGACCCAGUCUGGGAAGAAAAAAAAAGAAGUGCCCUAGCACCAACGGCUUGCUGUUGGCUGAGGAACCUGCAGAACCUGUCUGAGCCUGCCAGAAACCACUGGCCCGCCGGAGUAAGACUUGUACUGUGCAAUGGCUCUGUUGACCUUGCACAGGAUUCCAUCCAUCUCCACCUCCUCUGAUGAAAGCUUCCAAAGAAGAGGACGACUUCAGAAAAGAGAGAGCUUUGCUCUCGUUAAAGGAGCUGUCCUUCUGCUGGAAGAUGACGAUGCUCGGGGUCUCAAAGAUGACACUUCUUCCCAUGACGGGAGUUCUCCUGUGAAAAAAGGCAGUGGCGCGUCAGAGACACGACACAGACACCUCCAUGCCAUGCUUGAACAGCUCAGACCGGAAGACACCAUCAAGCUGGCGGUGGAGCUGGAGUCGGUCAGCUCGGUCAGAGUCAGGUAUCUGAUCGUUGUCUCCACGCUGGCAAGCAAACAGGAGAGCAUUCUGCUGGGCAUGGAUUUCCCCAGCUCACAGAGCACUCAUUGUACUAUCGGCUUGGUCCUGCCACUAUGGAGCGACACACAAGUGUAUCUGGAUGGAGAUGGUGGUUUUAGUGUGACGUCAGCAGAGGACACCAGAAAUUUUAAACCAGUUUCAAUGCAGACCAUGUGGUCAAUCCUGCAGGUGCUGCAUGGCUGCUGCGAGCGGGCAGUCAAAGCAGCCUUAAUCCCAGGCUGUGGCCUAGAGUGGGCCCAGCACUACGCCCAGCACAUUGAGUCCGAUCGGUUCUGCCUGAACGAGUGGGAGGUUAUGAACGACCUGGAGUCAGUGCGCAGGGACAGUAAUGGACAGAGCUGUGUAGACAGAGUUUCCAAUGAAAGGCUCAUCAAAGAGCACCUGAGAGACAUCAUGAGAACCGAAGACCUGGACAACCUCACGUCUAAAAUGGUGCACACUGCGUUGGAGUCCAGGAUAGGGUUUGAUAUGAGAAUCUACAAGGAGUACAUUGAUAAUGAGAUCUUGGUUACCAUGGCUCAGAUGGACAAACCCUCAAAAAUAUUUGAUUACCUUUACCUGGGCUCUGAGUGGAAUGCUGCUAACUUUGAGGAGCUACAGAAAAACAACGUUGGCUACAUUCUGAAUGUCACAAGGGAGAUUGACAACUUCUUCCCAGAAUCCUUCACUUACAUGAACAUCAGAGUGUAUGAUGUGGAGGCUACUGACCUGCUCUCUCAUUGGCCGGACACAUACAACUUCAUCAACUCUGCAAGGAAGAGCGGGCAGGCGGUGUUGGUGCACUGUAAGAUGGGAGUGUCUCGUUCUGCAUCCACGGUGAUCGCCUACGCCAUGAAGCAGCAGCACUGGUCUCUGGAUGAGGCGCUUUCUUACGUUAGGGAUCGGCGGUCCAUCGUCAAGCCCAAUGACGGUUUUCUGAAGCAGCUGCAGACCUACAGCGGUAUCCUCAGCGCAAGCCAGCAGCGUCACAGCGCUCUCUGGAAGCCAAGACAGAAGUCAGUCCGAAAGGACAAGGGAGAGCAGGCCGACAAACCAGGAGGGGAGGACAAUGAUGAGGACGAUGAGGAUGAAGAUGAAGACGAGGAGGAUGAUGUAGAUAGUCUAUAUGAAAAAGAUUCAUUCAGCCCAGAUGAGAAAAAUAAUUCAGAGGAAGAACAAGAGGUGUUUGAAGAACCAAGUCCACAAUCUGACAACCUCCAGCUUCCCAGGCAGGAAGGAGCAAGUCCCAUUAUCACUAUAAACGAACCAGACAAGGUUGUUCCAAGUGUGAACCGCAGUGGCAGGAUGAACCUCUUCUCCCUCAUGCAGUCCAUAAGCGAACUAGAUGACAUGGAUAAUGGACACGAACCGCUUCCUGGCAGUCCGAGACGCUCUCCGAAGCAGCGGAGGCGCAGCCACGGCCGACGGGGGCUCACACACCAAAGAGCAUGCGUCGAUGUGUCACCAGAGCCGCGCUCCCUGCCAGACAGCGGUCAGAGCAAAGACUAAAGCGACCAAGGAGGGGGACUAUCAGGAGCGCACAAGAGGGACAGGGAUCAAUAAAGGAAAUCCCAAAAGUGAUGAACCCAGGAAACAUGCCAAGGAAGUUCUGUUGAAGCUGUAAUUUAUGUUUCACCAGCCCUUCAUUGCACAUCUGAGCUCCUACUAAUACCUGGUUUGUUUUGAUGAGGUUCUCUCUGCAGUAUUGCUGUACCUGUGGCAGGCAGGAUUUCAUAAAGAUGAUGUCACUGUCUAAGUGGCAUUACGGUUAUAAAAUGCUGUCAUUAUGACUCACCAGAGCCUCCUUCUGCCCUAAUGGAGCUCUCCCUUCAACACUCUAGAGAGCUCUAUGCAAUAUCUGUAAUCUCUCGUUCUCUGGCAAACACCAGGUUUCAAACUGCCACGUGUUCACAUCUUUUUCUUUCCAAAAGAUAUUUCUUCAUCUCUGAUGGAAAGAUUUUACUGUAUCUAAGCUGUGCAUUACGGACCACGUUAAAAGGCCAGUUUUAUGGCGCAUGCCUGAUUGCCAAACUGUUUUUCUACAUGCCAGUGAAUAUAUUUAAAUGAAAAGCUAAUGUACGGAACAAUUGUAGACCAUUUUAUUUUUUAUUCCAAUGUGUAUACCAGGACUGCAUGAGUGCCUUCAACCUGAGAAUGACAUAUUUGCUGGUGUUUUUAUGGUUUUACUAUGAGGAAAUUGUCCCAUCUUGUAUUUUUCCUACAGUGUCUCACUUGGCCAUCAUCAAUGUGACUUCCAGAGAUUGUGCUUAUUUACAAUACAUAGAUAUCCAUAUAUAAUUGCUGGUGAUCUGGGUGCAUGUUUUUGUGAUUAUAUACCAGCCUGUAAGACCAAAUUGUUCAGGGUUUCUUUUUUGUGUAUUUAUAUGAACUUUAUCAGUUUAUUAUCCACCAGAUGCUGAUGUGGAAUGUUAUUUCAUGCUGGUGUUAUUCUUUGAGUACAACCAAGCUAAGGCUUAAUUCAUUAAACCUGCAUGUGCACAAAUUUAAAGCAUUUACAUGCACUUUAUAAUCCCACACUGUUCACACUGCCUGAGGCAACCCUGCACUGUACCGUGAUUGGUAACUUUAAGUUGCACCCAAAGCUGGUCUGUUGUAAGUUCUUGGCUUUCUCCACCUCACUCUUGUUUACGAAACAUUCAGAGUGACAAAUAAAGAAAUCACACUCCAAA